GAUGUACUCUGUCGUCAGAGAAAAAUCUCACGAUCACACAUAACAAGUUUACUAGCCAGGAGAACAAGCUUAUUAGCCAGGAGAACAAGUUUACUAGCCGGGAGAACAAGCUUACUUGCCUGGAGAACAAGCUUACUAGCCAGGAGAACAAGCUUACUAGCCAGGAGAACAAGCUUACUAGCCAGGAGAACAAGCUUACUAGCCAGGAGAACAAGCUUACUAGCAAGGAGAACAAGCUUACUAGCAAGGAGAACAAGCUUACUAGCCAGGAGAACAAGCUUACUAGCCAAGAGAACAAGGUCACACUAUCCACCAAGAACAAACUCACACUGAACUAUGGAUUAAUUGCAACUCGCUGCAACACCGCCUCGAUGCACGAUCAGGUUGACAUGGUUGGCUGUCGCUACAUCAAGGCUUUUCCAGACUGCUGCUUGGCUGUUCCCAGAUUGCGAAGAGAUAUUGAAAGUGAUCAGAGAACAAGUAAUGAAGAUGAUAAUGAGACAAACGUAGCAGACAGAGACCACUCAGGGGCUCGAGCACCCUCAAGCUCUCAAGCUGAGAGCUGUGCUGAGGGCUGUGCUGAGGGCGGUGCUGAGGGCGGCGCUGAGGGCUGUGCUGAGAGCUGUGCUGAGAGCUGUGCCGAGGGCUGUACUGAGGGCUGUGCCGAGGGCUGUGCUGAGGGCUGUGCUGAGGGCUGUGCUGAGGGCUGUGCUGAGAGCUGUGCUGAGAGCUGUGCUGAGGGCGGCGCUGAGGGCUGUGCCGAGGGCUGUGCUGAGGGCUGUGCUGAGGGCUGUGCUGAGGGCUGUGCUGAGGGCGGCGCUGAGGACGGCGCUGAGGGCUGUGCUGAGGGCUGUGCUGAGGGCUGUGCCGAGGGCUGUGCUGAGGGCUGUGCCGAGGGCUGUGCUGAGAGCUGUGCUGAGGGCUGUGCUGAGAGCUGUGCUGAGGGCGGCGCUGAGGGCUGUGCUGAGAGCUGUGCUGAGAGCUGUGCUGAGGGCUGUGCUGAGGGCGGCGCUGAGGAAGGCGCUGAGGGCUGUGCUGAGAGCUGUGCUGAGAGCUGUGCUGAGGGCUGUGCUGAGAGCUGUGCUGAGGGCGGCGCUGAGGGCUGUGCUGAGAGCUGUGCUGAGAGCUGUGCUGAGGGCUGUGCUGAGGGCGGCGCUGAGGAAGGCGCUGAGGGCUGUGCUGAGAGCUGUGCUGAGAGCUGUGCUGAGGGCUGUGCUGAGGGCGGCGCUGAGGAAGGCGCUGAGGGCUAG